GAUGCCUGAGUGUUGACAGCAUUUGCUGGGGAUAUAGUAGGAUGAGCUGGAGAUGUCGAAAUGAUUUCUUUAGUAUCUUUAAACUUAAAAUUAUUUCAGGCAGCGAUCAUAGAACUCUCUACGAGUUCUAGUACUAACAGUACUGUCUUCCUUUCAUCUCGGUUGAAAGGUGCAGAUAGUCUUGCGAACACCCCAAAGACUUUACCUCCUGUCAUCCUCGACCCAUGAAAUUGUUGUCAAUAAUCCAAGCUAGAGCUACGUAAAAUCAUACAGAACCCAGAAGGUUAAUAUCAGGAUAAUACACUAUUUCCGAGCUGGAAAGUUGGUUCUGCCAUAGCUAUAAAUUACGAAUAAAUUUGCACGAACUAUGUGGAAUUAGGAGCACCAGCAAAGACAUGGUCGGAAUCCAGCCCUCACAGGCAGUAAAUUAGUCGCAUCUUAACUUUGGAUUUUAUGCUACAACGUCUUAGAAAGGUUGCUACUAGAAAUGUAAAUUUAGUCUUAAACGGAUUCCUGAGUGGUUCCAAUCUUCAGGGCCAAUGAAGUGAGUGACUGCACCUAACAAGGAUUUUUUACAUUGGGUUGAAGUCGAAUAAACAUUAAAAGGAUG